AUGAGCCACUUAAUGUCCCUACCCAUCGUGCUGCUGAAGGAAGGCACGGACAAGGCCCACGGCAAGAGCCAAAUCAUCCGCAACAUAAACGCGUGCCAGAUUAUCGUGGACAUAAUAAGGACGACCCUUGGACCCCGCGGCAUGGACAAGCUGAUUUACACGGAGAGAGAUGUUACCAUAACAAAUGAUGGCGCGACGGUGAUGAAUCUGCUAAACAUUUCUCAUCCCGCAGCGUGCAUCCUAGUGGACAUUGCGAAAUCACAGGACGACGAAGUGGGAGAUGGAACCACCUCCGUCGUAGUAGUAGCAGGAGAGUUACUAAACGAAGCGAAGCAAUUAAUUAACGAUGGAAUAGAACCCAAUAUGAUAAUCGAUGGGUUCAGAAAAGCCUGCACCGUAGCGAUAAAUAAGUUGAAUGAUCUGAGUCUUAGGUUUGUGAGCAAAAGUGAGGAGGAAAAAAAAGAAAUCCUAAUUAAGUGUGCACAGACAGCAUUAAAUUCGAAGCUUGUUUCGAAUCACAAGGCCUUCUUUAGCGAUUUAGUGGUAAAUGCAGUGUACAAACUAGGAGAUAACCUAGACAAAUCAAACAUCGGCAUUAAGAAAGUCAGGGGGGGGUCCUGCUUAGACACACAACUGAUUUAUGGGGUGGCGUUUAAGAAGACUUUCUCCUAUGCAGGUUUCGAACAACAGCCCAAAACAUUUCUGAACCCGAAGAUCCUACUCCUAAAUGUAGAAUUAGAAUUAAAAGCAGAAAAGGAGAAUGCAGAGGUUCGGAUUGAUAAUCCGAAUGACUACAACUCCAUUGUACAGGCCGAAUGGGAAAUCAUUUUUAAAAAAUUGAAUUUAAUAAAAGAGAGUGGAGCAAACAUCGUUUUGUCGAGGCUUCCCAUUGGAGAUAUAGCCACUCAGUUCUUUGCCGAUAAUGAUAUCUUCUGUGCAGGCAGAGUGGAGGAUGCCGACUUAAAACGAACGGCGAACGCAACAGGUGCUAUCGUACAGACGUCCCUAUUCAACCUACACGAAGGUAUAUUAGGCAAUUGUGGUGUCUUUGAAGAAAUACAAAUUGGCAACGAAAGAUACAACAUCUUCAAAGAGUGCCUAAAGACAAAGACAGUCACAAUUAUUCUAAGAGGAGGUGCCAAUCAGUUCAUUGAAGAGGUCGAGAGAUCAAUUAAUGACGCCAUUAUGAUUGUGCUUAGAUGUAUCGGCAACUCGGAAAUCGUUCCGGGAGCAGGAUCUAUAGAGAUGCAAUUGUCCAAACAUCUCAGAAUAUAUAGCCGAUCCAUCUGCAACAAGGAACAGAUCGUGUUGUACUCAUUCGCCAAGGCUCUUGAAUCCAUUCCUAGACACCUCUCUCACAACGCAGGUUAUGACUCAACAGAUAUUCUGAACAAACUGAGGAAGAAACACUCCGAGGAGACCAGCGACAUCUGGUACGGAGUGGACUGCCACGAGGGAGACAUCAUUAAUGCGUAUGAACACUGCAUUUUCGAAGUCACCAAAAUUAAGAGGAACGUAAUUUACAGCGCUACCGAGGCUGCCUGCCUCAUCCUCUCCAUCGACGAGACUAUAAAGAACCCGGCCAGCAACGCCGAAAAGGGCCCCCGAAAGCCAUACGCCUGA